CGCAGUCGUACCCAGGCAGGCCUUCCGGGGUUUUGUCGUAGGGCGGCUCCGAAGGGACGGAGAAUGUGACCGCUGCUCCCCUCCCCAGUGAGACGUGUACCAGGGAUCCAGAGGCAGGACUGAAGCGGUGCCCGCCCUCAUCCAACCCCAGGAGCAACCUGGAGGGCCUCCCCAGCUGUACAGAAUCCCUAAUUGCUUGGCCUCUGCCUCCAGGAGUGUCUCCCCUAAAAUUGCCCUUCCUUAAGAAAGGAGCAUCAAAGGGAAGAAAAUGACUUCUGGGUUCCUAACAACCACAUCCCAGGAGUCAGUGACCUUCAAGGAUGUAUCUGUGGAUUUCACUCAGGGGGAGUGGGGACAGCUGGACCUUGCCCAGAAGAACCUGUACAGAGACGUGAUGCUGGAGAACUACCAGAACCUGGUCUCCCUAGGGCUUCAAGUUUUCAAACCAGAAGUCAUCUGCAGAUUGGAACGAGGGGAAGCCCCAUGGAUACUGGAGAGAGACAUCUCAAGAGGUCCCUGUCCAGAUUGGUCAGAAACUAGAGAAAUAAUUCCAAAGGAGAGCAUUUAUAUGGAAGAAUUAUCCCAUGAAAGACUCAUAAGGAAUGAUUCUUGGAACUUCAAACUUGAAGGAAACUCCAAAUGUGAUGGCAGAUUCAAAAAGCAACACAUCAAUCAGGGAAGAGAGCUGAAGCACAUCAUUGCCCAUAAGAACAGUUUCAAUAAGAUGAAAAGUCACAAACAUGACAAAUUUAGAAGAAAUUCUAAUCACAGGUCAGUCUCUGACAUACAAUGGAGUAGUCCUACAGAAAAGAUGAUUCAUAAAUAUGAUACAUAUGGAAAUAACUUCAAACAGUAUUCAGACUUAGUUAAACAUAAUAGAAUCUCCUUGGGGAGGAAAUUUUGGAAGAAUAACGAAUAUAGUAAAACCUUCUGCUACCACUCAGACCUUAUUCGCUAUCAUAGAAUUCCUCCUGGAGAGAAAUCCUAUACAUAUACUGAAUUUGGAAAAACCUUCCACCAAAAGCUACACCUUACUCAAUAUAAAAGAAUUCCUGCAGCAGAGAAACCAUAUAAAUGCACUGAAUGUGAAAAAUCCUUCAGUAAUAGCACAUCCCUUAUUUUGCACCAGAGAAUUCACACUGGUGAGAAACCUUAUGAAUGUCUUGAAUGUGGGAAAACUUUUAGCCGAAGUAUGUACCUUACUCGGCAUCAGAGAAUCCAUACUAGGGAGAGACCCUAUAAAUGUAGUGAAUGUGGAAAAGCCUUCAGUCAGAUUAUGUACCUUGCUCGGCAUCAGAAAAUCCAUACUGGAGACAGGCCCUAUCAAUGUAGUGAAUGUGGAAAAGCUUUCAGCCAGAUAUUGUACCUUACUCGACAUCAGCGAACUCAUACUGGAGAGAGACCCUAUCAGUGUAAUGAAUGUGGAAAAGCCUUUAGUCAGAUUAUGUACCUUACUCGGCAUCAGAGAAUUCAUACUGGAGAGAGACCCUAUAAGUGUGGUGAGUGUGGAAAAGCCUUCAGCAACAGUUCAUCUCUUAUUGUACAUCAGAGAAUUCAUACUGGAGAGAGACCCUAUAAGUGUGACAUAUGUGAAAAGGCCUUCAGCCAGAGAGGACAUCUUACUGAACAUCAGAAAAUUCACAAUAGAGAAAAACCAUACAAAUGCACUGACUGUGGAAAAGCCUUUAGCCAAAUUAUGUACUUUAAUCAGCAUCAGAGAAUUCACACUGGAGAGAAGCCAUACAAAUGUAAUGAAUGUGGAAAGGCCUUCAGCAAUAGCUCAACCUUUAUUGUACAUCAUAGAAUUCAUACUGGAGAAAAACCUUAUGAAUGCCUUGAGUGUGGGAAAGCCUUCAGCAAGUGCACAGGCCUUGUUCUCCAUAAGAGAAUUCAUACUGGAGAAAAACCCUAUAAAUGUAAUGUAUGUGAGAAAACUUUCAGUCGGAGGGGCCACCUUACAGAACAUCAGAAAAUUCACAAUGGAGAAAAACCCUAUAAAUGUAAUGAAUGUGGGAAAAGCUUUCGACAGAGAGGACACCUUACUGAACAUCAGAGGACCCACACUGGGGAGAAACUCUAUAAAUGUAAUGAAUGUGGCAAAGCCUUCAGUAAUAGUUCACAGCUUACUUUACAUCAUAGAAUUCAUACUGGAGAAAAGCCUUAUAAAUGCAGUGAAUGUGGCAAAGCUUUCAUUAAUAGCUCAUUCCUUACUCUGCAUCAGCGAAUUCAUACUGGAGAGAAACCUUAUAAGUGUAAUGAGUGUGGGCAAGCUUUCCGUCAUCCAGGAAACCUCACUGAACAUCGGAAAAUUCAUACUGGGGAGAAACCCUAUACGUGUAGUGAAUGUGGAAAAUCCUUUAGUCGUAGUAUGUACCUUACUCGGCAUCAGAGAGUCCAUACUGGAGAGAAAUGCUAUAAAUGUAACAUGUGUAAUCGAGCCUUCCAGAAUAGCUCUUCCCUUGCUCUCCAUCAGAGAAUCCAUAGUGGAGAUAAACCUUACAAAUGUUUUGAAUGUGGAAAAGCGUUCAGUCAGGGACUGUACCUUACUCGACAUCAGAGAAUUCAUACAGGGGAAAAGCCUUAUAAAUGUAAUGAAUGUGGUAAGGCCUUCAACCAGUCUGCAGGUCUUAUUCAGCACCAGAUAGUUCAUACUGUGGACAAACCCUAUAAGUGUGAUGAAUGUGGAAAAACUUUCAGUCGGCAAGGAAGUGUCAUCCAACAUCAAAGAAUUCAUACUGGAGAAAAACCCUAUAUAUGUAGUGAAUGUGGGAAAGCGUUCACCCACAGCUCAUCCCUUGCUGUACAUCAGAGAAUUCAUACUGGUGAGAAGUCCUAUGAAUGUAAUGAAUAAUUCAUCGCCAUUUCCCUCCCCCCCCAAAAAAAAACCUGGAAACAACUGAAAUAUCCAAUAAUUGGAUGAUGACUGAAUGCUAACAUAUCAAUAUAAUGGAACUCAGAAUUUCAGAGUUGAAAGAAACCUCAGUUGUCAUCUAUUUCAACAACCCUAAAAAGGUCAUCCAUCAUUUCCUUAGAGACUUCCAAAGAGGGGAAACCCACUUCCUGAGGCAGUCCAUUCCAUUUAUGUCCAUAUAUAUAUAUAUAGCUCUCAGAGCUAUUCUAAUUAGAAAUUUUUAAUUUUUUUUACGCCUAAAUCUGCAUUUUUGCAACCUUUUUCCAUUGCUCCUAGUUCUACCUUCUGGGGACAAGCAACAGAACAUAUCUCUUCUCUAGUCCUUCAGAUAUUGAAGAUGUCUAUGUUGUGCCCUCUAAAUCUCUCUACUCCAAGUCAAAUUUCCACCCUUGCUUCAAUCAGUUCUUAUAUGACAUGAAUUUAAACCCCUUUGAAUUCCUGGAUGACCUUUUUUUGCUCACCAGAUUAUCAUUGUACUUCCUAAACUGUGUUACCUAGAAUUGAAUACAUUACUCUAGAUGUGGUCUGAUUGUGACAGAUCAUAACAAGAUUAUUACCUCCUUGUUAUUGAAAGCUAUGCUUUUUUUCCCAUUACCUUUUUGGCUGCUAUAUUGCACCAUUGACUCAUAUUGAGUCAACUAAAAUCCUUAAAUAUUUUUCAGAGAAACUGCUGUCUAAAUAUUCUUCCCUCAUUUUGUAAUUGUGAAGCCAAUUUUUUUUAACCCACCACUUCGUACUUAACUAGAGUCAGUCCAAUAUUGCUAACUGGGCAAGACAGCUUGAAUCCUAUCCAUUAUUGUAUUAGCUAUCUCUCCUGGAUUUAUAUCACCUGUACACUUGAUAAACAUGCUGACUUAUCCAGGCCAUUUGUAAAAAUAUUAAGCAGUGUACGGCUAUGUACAACACCCAGGAAGGGGGGGACCCCACUGAAGACCAAGGGGACAUAAACCACUAAAGGCUCAUAUCCUAUAGCACUGCUCCCAUUUUCCAGAACAUCUUAAAGGUGAAGUGACUCAAUAGGACAUCAGUUCCUUCAGCACUUGAUAAUGAUUAGAACCAGUUUUCUUGAACAGAUCAUGGAAUGCUAGAUGCUGAGAUUACCUCUAUUCCUUGGUUUGUCAGCUCCUCAGUGUCCAUUUUCACAUGUUACCUCCAGUCUAACGGUCAUUUGAUGGAAAAGGGAAGGAAAAUAAGAAUUGAAUAGCUUUGCCUUUUUUAUUGUCAAUUAUCCCAAUUAUCUAGCCCAGGCUUCUGCCUUCUUUGUUCUUUCCCCCAAUGCAGCUAAAAGAUGUUUUGUUGCCCUUAAUUUAGCUUAUCAGCCUCAGUUUAUUCUCAACUACUUUUUAUUCAUCCUAUUAACUAUCCCUUUCUUUUACUUUCUGUACUUUUUUUUUGCUUUUUUCUCUUUCCUCUUUUCCUU